CUGAAAUCCACCGUGGGCAGAAUUUUGUGAUCCAUGAUUUUACAGUUUAAGCUUCUAUAACAUGUUAUAAGAGGAGAAAUGAAUCAUGAGAGGAGUUACGGGAAUUUAUGGUCCUUUGGAAAACUCAGUGGAUGGAUACAUUAAACCAAACAAGAGUGACUGAAUUUGUCUUCUUGGGACUUGUUGAUAACUGGGUACUGAAGAUAUUGUUUUUCAUGGCAUUCUCAGCCACAUAUGUGCUAACUCUAUGGGGCAACAUUCUCAUCCUGGUUACCAUAGUCUUGACUGAACGUCUCCAUAUCCCCAUGUAUUUCUUCCUGAGCAAUUUGUCAUUUAUUGACAUUUGCCACUCAUCUGUCACUGUGCCCAAGAUGCUGGAGGGUUUGCUUUUAGAGCGAAAAACCAUUUCCUUCGACAACUGCAUUGCACAGCUCUUCUUCCUACAUCUCUUUGCCUGUGCUGAGAUCUUUCUGCUGACCAUUAUGGCCUAUGAUCGAUAUGUAGCCAUCUGCACUCCAUUACACUACUCCAAUGCGAUGAACAUGAGGGUCUGCACACUGCUCGUCCUUGCGCUCUGGUUGGGAGGCACUAUUCAUUCUCUCGUGCAGACCUUCUUGACCAUUCGUCUGCCUUAUUGUGGCCCUAAUGUUAUCGAUAGCUACUUUUGUGAUGUGCCUCCUGUCAUCAAGCUGGCCUGUGCAGAUACAUACCUCACGGGAGUGCUGAUGGUGUCCAAUAGUGGGACCAUCUCCCUCACCUGUUUCCUGGCUUUGGUCACCUCCUACACAGUCAUCUUAGUUUCUCUGAGAAAACAGUCAGCUGAAGGCCGCUGGAAAGCCCUGUCUACCUGCUCAGCUCACUUUAUGGUGGUUGUCCUCUUCUUUGGACCAUGUAUCUUCAUCUAUACUCGGCCUGACACCAGCUUCCCCCUUGACAAGGUGGUAUCCGUUUUUUACACAGUGGUCACCCCUUUGCUGAAUCCCCUGAUUUACAGCUUGAGGAAUGAGGAAGUAAAAAUUGCCAUGAAGCAUCUCAGACAGAGACAAGUUUUUUUCAUCAAAUCAUGUACAUGAUGGUCUUGGGAUUGCAGAUAUAAUUAUGGCCAAAUCUUGAAUCAGAGAGCAAAAGUAAAGAAACAAAAACAUUAGGUGAAAUGGCAGGCGGCAGGGCAGGCUUUUGCAUCAGAGAGAGGGACUGUUAACUAUUACUUAAUGGGGAAAAAAACAUGGUAGGACAUGUAAGGAAAAAGAACCUGAAAACAUUUAAAGAAGACUUCUGAUUUCACAAAUAAAAACACAAUUUGGGGCAUAGACUCAUUUUCAGAAACAGGUAUAGUUGAAAGAGAACUAUUUUCUUGAUUUGUACUGUUCUGUGGGUUAUUGACUCUGAGAAGCUAUAAAUUAUGCAUGUAUAUUAUACAGUUUAGUGAUUUCAAUCUUUAAAAAUUUUUUUUAUUGUUAUUCAACUAACUUUGUCCCCAUUUUCUUCCCACCAUCUCCUCCACCCUAUCCAUCCCCACUGCC